GCGAUCAUGUGCGUAUACCUUGUUAUUUCUUUUUUCUUUCGUUGCGUUAGCGUUUGCAUUUGCGUUGCGUUUGCGUUUGCGUUUGCGUUGACGUUAGUUCCUCUCUCUCUUUAGCACGCUGGAUAUUUUAUUAGAGUUUCUAAUAAAGUCUGUUGCGUUGAUAAUUUACUGAGAAAAAGUUAUUCGUUUAUGAAAACUCUAAAAAAUUUACAUUUAUUAGGUAUAGAUCAACACGCAUAAGUCAAGUGCAGUUGUAAAAGUUGAGACUCCAAGAGUCUCACAAUCCAAAUAUGCAAGAAGUGGAAGGUACAGACGGUUCACCAUGGAACAAUUCCAGUGGCUGUGAAGAAGAGCGGAGAUCGAAUCAAAAGGAGGGUAAAAAGUCUAAUGUUUUACCAUUAUGGGGUAAUGAAAGAACCAUGAAUCUGAAUCCAUUGAUAUUGACAAACAUACAAUCUUCGCAUUACUUUAAAGUGAAUUUAUAUGAAUUGAAGACUUAUCACGAAGUAAUAGACGAAAUUUAUUAUAAAGUAUCACAUUUGGAACCAUGGGAAAAAGGGAGCAGGAAAACGGCAGGCCAAACUGGCAUGUGUGGAGGCCGGUUCAUGCAGGUACGAGGCGUAGGUGCUGGCGGUAUCGUCUCAACGGCUUAUUGCCUUCUGUUUAAACUGUUCACGUUGAGGUUAACCAGGAAACAAUUGAAUGGUCUAAUUAACCAUCUGGAUUCACCGUAUAUCCGUGCCUUGGGCUUUAUGUAUAUCAGAUAUACCCAACCGCCAGCAGAUUUGUUCAGUUGGUAUAGCGAUUAUUUAGAAGAUGAAGAAGAAGUAGAUGUAAAGGCGGGUGGUGGUCAAGUGAUGAAAAUGGGUGAUAUUUUAAAACAAUUUUUAACAAAAUUGGAAUGGUUCUCCACGCUCUUUCCAAGAAUACCCGUACCUAUACAGAAGGAACUGGAACAUCGAUUAGCAGAAAGAUUUCCACAACAAACUAUUAACGCUCGCAAUGCAAAGCCACCCAUUACGUUAAACAGCCAUGGCAAAUAUAGUAAUAAUAGUACUAGUGGUAGAAGAGAUAACGGGAAUCUUACAAGAAAUCAACAACCACGUCAUAUCCCAGACUACGAAGCUGAAUGGGGAGAGGCAGAAAGAGCAAGCCACUGGCGAGCCAGGUCUGACGAAGAUCGUAAGGAUAAAUACAGAAAACGAGAGAGAGAACGGGACGCGGAUAGAGACAGAGUUCGAAAACAAGAAAGGGAUAGAGCACGCGAACGAGAUCGAAGGAGAGAAGGACAUUUUAGGCAUUCGAGUAGUCGCGAUAGAAGUCGAAGAUCGAGAGAUUACAGAAGUCGUAGUAGAGAGAGAUCGUAUAGAGACCAGAGUAGGGACCGUCAUCGUGACAAGGAUCGACACCGAAGCAGGAGAAGUUCCCCAUAUGACUAUACCGCAGCGCUAGCUUGCGAGAAAGAACGACAACGAAGAGAAUGAGAUUGAUAUGUAAACACAGUUGCAAAAAAAAUCAAUUUAUGUGUGUAUACGGAUGUUGGUGGCGUAUGUAUGUAUGUACGAUCGCAUCGGUGCGCGAGUCAUGUACCCAUAUGCGCAUGUACAUAAAUAUGCGCGCUGCU